AUGCGUCUCGCCACCAUCCUCCUCUCCCUCACUUCCCUCGCCUUAGCUGCCGAGGUUGGCAUCGAGGUAACCCACAAAGUCGAAUGCACCCGUAAGACCCAAAACGGCGACGGUGUCAAGAUGCACUACCGCGGUGCACUAGAGACCAUCGAUGGCAAAGAAUUUGACUCGAGCUUCAAGCGCAAUGUGCCAUUGAACUUCAAGCUUGGAACCGGUCGUGUGAUCAAGGGAUGGGACCAGGGUCUUCUUGACAUGUGCGUUGGUGAGAAGCGCACACUUACUAUUCCCCCCGAACUCGGAUACGGCGAUCGCAAUAUGGGGCCUAUCCCUGCUGGCUCGACACUGGUCUUUGAGACUGAGCUUGUUGCUAUUGAUGGCGUUAAGAAUGAUGAGCUGUAA